UGGUCAAUGCGGACUCAUCGUCGUGCCACCAUCCAAUUUCGCGGCAGCGAUUAAAUACCAAAAAAAAAAAGAAAUUGGCAUAUGUUUAAAGUGCAAAGUGAAAAUAUGAAAGAAUUGGCAUAUGUUUAAAGAAUCAAUCGAGUUCUCAAGAUGAUUACAGUUAACCAGCACCUUGUGUAACUGUGCAUGUGUGUGUUCGUGUGAGUGUGGCGUCUAGUCGCUGUGCCAGUCGUUCGGGGCUAAGUUUUUACCGCUGUCUCGAGCCAUUCGCCGCUAAAAAGUUGCUCUUUUGGUAGAUUUUCUGUGUUAAUCUCGGACUGUUGCAACGUAAUUAAGAUUCGGCGUUAUCUCGCCAGUACGUAUACUAUACCACAUCAGUCAUCCCGCCGUUCCCGGGAGUGUGGGAUCAAAGUAAUCAUUGGGCAAGCACAGCAUCAAGCAGGCCCUAACACUAUCGCUGCUGCGCGCAUCUUUGCAACUCUUGGAAUUGAUAAAUGCAUAUGUAUAUGUACAUGAGUGUAUGUGUUUGUGUGUAUGCGCUAAACAGUUCAAUAAAUACAUAGACGUGUAUCAGAACUGAGCGCGUGAAUUGAUGAUUGAUUGACUGAUCGAUUGAUUGACUGACUGAAUAUUUAUAAUGAUUGCUGGCCAGUAAACCGAAUCAACAAAAAAGGAAUCAGCAUCAACCACAAUUGUUUAGCAUUUGUUUUGUGUCGCAGAGAGAGGCGAAGGAAUAAGCGGCCGAGAAGAUGGCGCGUCACAUAAUGGCCGUUUGUGUGGUCUGCCUCCUCUGUGCCCAUCGCCUGCAUUGCCAGGAUCAUGUGGAGAGCCUGCUAGCAGGCGCCACAGUGAAGCACAGCGAGGAGCAGCUAAAUGCGCGCGUCUACGCCAGACUCUCCAGUCCCUCCAGUGAAACCACCGAUCAGAGACAGCAGCUAGCUAUCGACGAUACCCAAAAUUACAGCACAAGUCCGCCCUCGAGAAGAGACAAGCGGCAUGCGGAGGAGCAUGGCCAUGGUCACGGCCAUGGCCAUUCCAAGCCGCAAGUCCCGCAGAUCACCAGAUACUUUCUAGACAAGCUGAUGGCACAGCAGGAGGCGAUGGACAGCAGUGGCUUCAACAGUUUCCUGCAGCAGAUCAAUCUGCCCUCAAUGGUCGCCAGCGAGGGAACCUGCGUGCCUGCUAGUCGCCUGGUGCAACAUGUCCAGCCCCACGAUCUCUCCCAUCAUAGUCACAGUCACAGCGAGGAGCCGCAGGAGACGGAAGGACAGGAGCUUCAGCUAAAGAACUGCACCCUAAGCAACAAUGGCACCAACUCCAAUGUUGUGUGCGCUCCCCAGCUGCCACAGAACAGCAGUAGCAAAAGCUUAGAGGCCAGCACAAACUUUACACUCAGCGAGCGAGAUGUGCUGCAUCUAUGUCCCGUGCUGCUGCACGAAUUGUGGGCACAAUCUGGUGGCUGCAUAGAUCUAGAUGUGCUGGCGGAGAUUGAUAGCACGGAGCAGCUGCUGGGAGCAGAAAAAGAAAUGUUCUAUGUGUGGGUUUAUGCCUUCAUUUCGGUGUUUGCAUGCGGCAUACUCGGCCUGGUCGGCGUGGCCAUUAUACCCUUUAUGGGUUCCCGGUAUUACAAGUACAUAAUCCAGUAUCUGGUGUCGUUGGCCGUGGGCACAAUGACGGGCGAUGCCUUGCUUCAUUUACUGCCGCAUUCGCUGGCUGGACAGGAUGAGCGUGGCAUGAUCAUGAAGGGUUUGGGCUGCCUGGGCGGCAUCAUUUUCUUCUACAUAACAGAGCAUGCUCUGACCAUGAUCUCCGAGUGGCGCAAGAGCGUGGAGAAGAAGGAGACCAAGAAGCCAUCGCGUGCGAAGGUGAUGCGCGAUCCGGACUCAUCGGUGAACAACUCUGGGGCUGGUGAUAAGAUAUGCAAGCAAAAGUACAGCUCCUAUCCGUACUGCUACGAUGAGAUUACGAUGAACAACAAGCAGAGCGAGUGGAUGCAUCUGCCAGGCGAUGGUGUGGCCGCCGCUGCGGCAGGAGCAGGCGGCGAUGCGGCUUCCGCCUCUGAGUUACGCAAUGGACUUUCCGAUCACGAUGGCUCCAGCGAAAUGGCAGCUGCCGCAGAGUCGCUGCUCUCCACGCUGCACACAAACUGUGUGGAAAUGAACCACCACAAUCACAAGCAUAACAACCACCAGCAGCAUCCGCAUCAGGAGGUGCAGGAUAACAAUACGAUUGUCACGGAUCUGGAUGGGAAUGCUGUGUAUGCCGCUUCGAACAGCAACAGCAAGGCGGUGGAUGGUGGCAAGGACGGGAAGAACGAUCAUGUGACUGUCAUACUGAGGGAGCACGAGUCAUCGCAUCAUGGCCAUAGCCAUCGACAUGGACAUGUCCAUUCGCCGCCAGAGACGCUGAGCGCCGUGGCCUGGAUGAUCAUAAUGGGCGAUGGGCUGCAUAACUUCACCGAUGGCAUGGCCAUUGGUGCGGCAUUUGCCGAGAAUAUUGCCGGUGGUUUCUCCACCUCGCUGGCCGUCUUCUGUCACGAACUGCCGCACGAGCUGGGCGACUUUGCCAUUCUAAUGAAGGCGGGCAUGUCGGUGAAAUCGGCUGUGUACUACAAUCUGUUGACUGGUGUCCUCAGCUUUAUUGGCAUGAUCUUUGGCAUUGCGUUUGGCCAGUCACAGGAUGUGGCCCAAUGGAUGUUUGCCGUUGCAGCAGGUCUGUUCAUAUACAUUGCCCUGGUCGAUAUGAUGCCUGAAAUAUCGGCCUCACACAAGUCGCUGACCCAGUUUCUGCUACAGAUCCUGGGCAUGCUUAGUGGCGUGGGAAUUAUGCUGAUUAUUGCACUCUUCGAGGGUGAUCUGAUGAGCGUAUUUGGCACUGCGCCGCCCAGUGCUGCUCACCAUCAGCACGUGCACUAG